AUGGUAUUCAAAUAUGGAUAUGUUAUUGGUGAGCAUAUUAGCUCAAUAGCUAUAACUUCUGGAAUGAUAAUGCAGCCGUCACACGUGCCAGACGUAAUAAACCUUUCAGUUACUAAUGCUUCAAGGUUUAUAUUAAUCGGGACAAAGUCAGAAAUUCUCGAAUGGUUGCGAGAUCACAGCACAGUAAUUAUCCAAACAUCGUUGUUUGACAAUCCAGAUGAAGCACCACAUAUAAAAAUCCCUGACGCAGUAAUCGACCUACUUCCAUGCUACGGCUCUGAAGCGCAUCAAAAAUCCUUUUUAGAAACGAUAAAUCCGCUUGCACAUCCAGAUCCAACCACAGAAUCUGUUCGUUUGGAAUUUCGCGCCAUCAACCCGAAAUUAGAUGAUGAGAUUGACGAACAAUAUUUUCGAUUGGUUGUGGAAAGGGGCAAAACGAUCGGUGAGAUUUAUGACGAGACCGCAAAUGCUUGGGAUAAAGUCGUGUAUCCGAGUCUGUUGGAUAAUCUUGUGAAAAUUGCUGUUGCUCCUGUGCAGACCUUCAACAAGUAA